AUGGCCUCGAACCACAACACUCAGGCCAUUGCCUCGGGUGACCUCAUUGACCUUGUGUCAUCCUCAGGCUCAGCAACUAUCUACCCUUCCGACGAUGCCAUCCUCGCUGUCCUCCAGGCUCGCUUCCGCGCGGAUUUACCGUACACAAGAAUAGGGGCAACUAAUUUGGUUGCGGUCAAUCCUUACAAGACACUUGCCAACAUCAACGAUGUCAGCGCGAAGGAGUACGAGGAGCGGUCGUACAAGGACACCAGCUUACCCAUGGUGGAUUCGCCACGGCCUUUACAACCACAUUUGUAUGACAUGGCAGCGAGGGUGUACCUUCUUAUGCGACGGAGAAAUGAGUCGCAGGCCGUAGUGACAAGAGGAAUCACCGGAUCCGGGAAAACCUCAAGUCUUCGCCUCCUCAUGAACCAGCUUUUACGACUUUCAACACACUCCAAGAAGGAAGUCAAGCUUGGUGAACAGAUCAAAGCACUAUGCACUGUCCUCGACUCGUUUGGCAACGCUAAAACUCUCAUGAAUCCCAAUGCAUCUCGUCACGGACGCUACCUCGAACUCCAUUUCAACGAACGCGGUCGCAUAAGCGGGGCGAAAGUCCUGACAUUUGGCCUUGACAAGACACGGCUCAAUCGGCUAACGCAUGAAGAGCGAACCUACCACGUCUUUUACCAAUUCCUCGCUGGAGCAACGACCACCGAACGCGACACUUUCAAUCUUGAAGACCCUUCGGAUUAUGCCCUGCUCGCUUCGUCAGGGUGCUUCCGCCUCCCUUCAGGGCCGUUCAGUGACGACUCCAUAGCCAUGACUGAACUUAGGGCGGCCAUGCGAACCCUCGGCUUUAAGCCCAAACAUAUGACGUCCAUUCAUAGCCUCCUCGUUGCCAUCCUCCUGCUUGGUAACCUGCAGUUCGCAGAGGGGGACGCUCAUGACGUCUCGGCCUAUGUCGUCAAUCGUCACAUCCUUGAACAAGGAGCGAGAUUAUUAGGUGUUUCGCCUGACGACCUCGGCCAAAUCUUGACCAACAAGACAAAUUAUGUCCGCAAGGAGCUCUUCACUGUCCUCCUGAGCGCAGAGCAAAGCUCGAAACAGAGAGAUCAAUGCGUCAGGGAUCUCUACGCCAUCCUGUUCGCUUUUGUUGUCGAGACAUGCAACCACCGACUCGCACCCAGCUCAAAAGAUGUGUCUCCGCCAACCCAAAUUGUCCUUUUCGACCAACCAGGUUAUCAGACCCGCGGUCCUUCUGGCACGACAUCGAUGUCCCUUUCUGGUCAACAACCAUUAAUUUCCGCCUAUGGCCACAACGGAUUCGACGAAUUUUGCAUCAACUUUGCCGAUGAGAUGCUGCAUUCCUAUGUCCUUCGACACACCUUCGAAACGAUUGGCCACAAUGGACAAAUGGCUACCGACGGCAUUUCGCUGCCCGACAUUUCCAUCAUGGAUAACGGUGCAUGCAUCGAGCUGCUUCGUGGUGCUCAGCUCAGUGAGAGAUCGCAACGGAAGCCAGGCGGCCUGCUGGGCGUCGUCAACAAAGCUUGUUCAACCUUCAAGUCCGGCAAAGGCGGUGACCACAGAGACGACGAGCUUCUUCAAGAGCUCGCUUCCAAGUUCGGUGUUCAUGCGUCAUUCGCUGCUAGUCCCGGCGUCGGCGGUCAUUCAGACAGACGGUUGUUCGGUAUCAAUCACUAUGCUGGAUCAGCCUCCUACGAUGCGUCGAACUUCAUUGAGAGGGAUUCGGACCUAAUCGAUUCCGCCUUCGUUUCACUUCUCCGCAACUCCACGGAGUCGUUCGUUUCCAAGCUUCUGUCCGGGCCCAGUCUCGCGGCAGAGAGACAUGUCAAGGACGAGAACACCAUUGUCCAGACCCAGGUGUCAUCGCGGCCCUUGAGGCAGCCGACUCCCAUUUUCUCUCCAAACAACACGCUUCCACCCCAAGAGGAAGAACACCCCACCCUGGAUCCAGGCAAGACAUACCCCGUCACGUCCCAACUGAACUUCACACUCUCCCAAAUAUUCUCUUCUCUUGACCGGACACGACUAUGGACCCUCUCAUGCAUCAGGCCGAACGACUCAAGUUCUCCCAACUCGUUCGACAAGCGGCGCGUCAAGGCGCAGAUCAGGAGUCUGCUCUUACCCGACAUUGUCGCCCGGAAGAGCGUUGAAUAUGUAGCAGACUACGACCUUGCCGAAUUCUGUGACAGAUACGUACCAACGAUGCGGGGGUCGGAUCAGGAGCGGAUCGUUCAAUGUGCCAGGGCCAACGGUUGGAGGGAAGGUGUCGACUACAUUUGUGGACACCGUUCAAUUUGGUUAUCGUACGCGGCAUGGAAGAUUGUUGAAGAUCCCCUCCGGGCAAAGGAGAAAGCUGGGGGGACUGUUGAGGACGAUGAAGAGGAAGACAUUGGACCAGAUGACAACACCGACUUUACUCAUGGACACGACGGAUUAGCGCCGCCAGCCGGAGGAUAUCUCGGCGACAGUGCUGAUAACCUGCUGUUGGCGAGAGGUGGUGUUGAGGGAGGAGUAUUCCGGGACCCUUCACAAUACGGAUCUGGUGAACUAAGAACUCCUGGCUACGGAGGAAAAGAUUUCUCAGACCCAGACGAUGGCGGGGCAUGGGGUGGCGAUUUUGACAAGGAAGCUGGUACCCCAGAAAUGCUUCCCUACAACCCUCGUGGCCCUGGAGGUCCCGGAGGUGACAAGGAGAGUGGUGGCAUGCUGGUCAAGGACGCUCCUAACGCCGUGGAAGAGGUACCAUCUAGUCGUUCGAGGCGAUGGUGGCUAUGGCUCGUCUGGGCUACGACAUGGUGGAUGCCAUCCUUCCUCUUGCGAACAGUUGGCAGGAUGAAGCGGCCUGAUGUUCGUCUCGCUUGGCGGGAGAAGGUCACGAUUUUCUGGCUCAUCCUCCUUUUCAAUGGGAUCGUCAUUUUCUACAUCGUCGAGUUUGGACGCCUUCUCUGCCCGAACUUCGACAAGGCCUGGUCGCUCAAUGAAGUAAAUCAACAUCAGGGAGAAAACGACUAUUGGGUCACCAUCCAAGGUGUCGUUUAUGACGUCACGGACUUUAUCUUUGGAGAUCACAGCAACGGCCAAUUUGGAAUCAAGAGCAAUUCGCCUGACUACCUCGAAUCUAUGGCUGGUCAGGAUUUGACGUACUUGUUCCCUCCUCCCUUGGUUCUCGGUUGCAGCGGUCUGGUUACAGACGACACUCUUCAAUUGACGGUCCAGAACGUUACGGACCUCGCACCGCUUGCACAUCACACCAGUGGGAGGCUCCAGACGCAGAGUCCUGAUAUGUCAAGCCCAACCUGGUACAGCGAUACUUUCUUCCCAAAAAUGAGAACGAUGAGGAAGGGUCCUCUCGUCUGGGAAAGGAAGCAGAUUUUGGCUAUGGCGAGGGACACUGACACUGCCAAGAUAUGGGGGAUCUACAACACAAAACUUUACGACCUUACGGAUUAUGUGCACACUCUCGGGCUUAACCAGAAUACGGGACCAUACGACUUCCUUGAUGAUGACUUCGUUGAUAUCUUCAGACAACGUGCUGGGCAAGAUAUUUCUACCGCUCUUGGAAGGGUCCUUGACGCCAUGACGGCUGAGAAACGGGCCCAACAUCUCGCGUGCAUGGAGAACGUAUUCUUAGCUGGUCAAGCGGAUUUUCGAAAGUCGGCUCGUUGUCAAGUUCAGAACUACCUGUUGCUCGUUUUCUCUGCUAUCUUGAUGGCGUCCAUUGCCCUGAAGUUCCUGGCUGCACUGCAACUCGGAAGCAAACGGUCGCCAGAAUUGCAAGACAAGUUUGUGUUGUGCCAAGUGCCUUGUUACACUGAAGGCGAAGACUCCCUGCGCCGUACGAUCGAUACUCUCGCUGCACUCAACUACGAUGACAAACGGAAACUCAUCUUCAUUAUCUGCGAUGGGAACAUCAUCGGAAGUGGAAACGACCGAACGACGCCUCGCAUCGUCCUUGACAUCCUCGGGGUAGAUCCCUCCCUUGAUCCUGAGCCACUCCUCUUCAAAUCUGUCGGCGAAGGGUCGAAAGCCCUCAACUAUGGCAAAAUUUACUCCGGUCUGUACGAGUUCGAAGGACAUGUCGUCCCCUAUAUGGUCGUUGUCAAAGUUGGCAAACCUACUGAAAGGUCGAAGCCGGGCAAUCGUGGAAAGCGAGAUUCGCAAAUCCUUCUCCUUCACUACCUCAACCGAGUACACUUCGACAGCCCCAUGUCGCCCUUGGAACUGGAGAUAUACCAUCAGAUGCGCAACGUUAUUGGCAUAGAUCCUGCCUUCUACGAAUACAUUUUCACGGUCGAUGCGGACACCACGGUUACUCCCGAUUCCUUAAACCGUCUCGUGGCGUCUAGUGCUGAUGACUCUCGAAUCAUCGGUAUCUGUGGUGAAACGAAACUAACGAACGAGCAAGGAUCCUGGUGGACGAUGAUCCAGGUCUAUGAAUACUACAUCUCUCACCACUUGUCGAAGGCCUUCGAAAGCUUGUUCGGAUCAGUCACUUGUUUGCCUGGUUGUUUCACCCUAUAUCGCAUCCGUACCGCCGAUAAGGGACGACCUAUCAUCAUCUCCAACCGUAUUAUUGAGGAGUACGCCGAACCGAACGUAGACACCCUCCACAAGAAGAACCUCUUCUCUCUUGGUGAAGAUCGAUUCUUGACAACCCUCUUGAUGAAGCACUUCCCUACGUUCAAGACUAAGUUUAUCCCUGAUGCUGUCGCGCAUACCAUGGCUCCUGAGUCGUGGCGUGUACUUUUCUCUCAGCGUCGGCGAUGGAUCAACUCCACCGUGCACAAUCUUUGCGAAUUGGUUGUCCUUGCUGAAUUGUGCGGAUUCUGCUGUUUCUCGAUGCGCUUCUUCGUCUUUAUCGAUUUACUCGGAACCAUCAUUCUUCCCGCCACAGUUGUUUAUUUGGUGUAUUUGAUCAUCGUUGUCGCGACUGGCUCAGCUGCUCUGCCUCAAAUUGCUAUUAUUAUGUUGGCGGUUACUUAUGGUCUGCAAGCUCUCAUCUUCAUCAUUAAGCGUGAAUUCAUGCUGGUUGGGUGGAUGAUCGUUUACAUUCUCUCGUAUCCCAUCUACAGCUUCUUCCUGCCUAUCUACUCUUUCUGGUGUAUGGAUGAAUUCAGUUGGGGUAACACUCGUGUCGUCAUCGGUGAAGGGAAGGACAAGAAGGUAAUCACGAAUGAGGACGAGAAGUUUGACGAAUCGAUGAUUCCUCUAAAGAAAUUCAGCGAGUACGAAGCGGAAGCUUGGGAAACUGGGACGCGCCAUUCAGACGAUACUGGCUACGAGAGCAAAUCCAGGUCACGAUCUCAUGCCCCUCAUUCGCGCGACGGCUCGCCCCAUGCAUACAACCAAGCUUCUCAGUCCGGCGAUUACUACAGAGACACAAACAUCACUUACAACAACAGCUCAAAUCCGAACCUGCGUCUUGGAGGCGGUAGUCAACAGUCUCACAGCAACAUCUCCCACCAUACUAACCAGCAACAAGCCAUGUCCCAGUACGGCCCUCCUCAACUACCGUUCAUGCCUUUCCCUGGCGGUGGAUCUGACAGUGGCUCUGUCUACGGCCAUAUGCCAAUGACCAUGAUGACACCUAUGGGCUAUCAAAACACAGGAAGCAUGUAUGGGAUGAUACCUCCGGGCAUGCCGCCGCGUAACCCCAUGAUGGACAUGAACAUGUUUGGUGGUGGUAGCAUGAGUGGGUCGCAGAUCGGUGCUGUUCCGCCUUCUCUGCCACCACUUGGAGGAGGUUUACAGCAACGCCCAAUGUCGACUUUCUCGAUGGCUACAUCGGUCAACCCUUUCGCCGGCCCAAGCCAGAAUCCGAAUCCGUCUGACGAAGAACUAUUCAAUGCCCUUAGAAAUUACCUGAGUACCCAGGAUUUGAUGACUGUUACAAAAAAAACCGCUCGCGAAGCGAUAAUGGCCCGAUUCCCAAAGGCAGAUCUUGCUCCACGAAAAGACUUUUUGAACCAGUCCAUCGACAAGAUUCUCUCGGAAUCAUAG